UCUCACUUCAACCACAUAUUCAGUUUCAUCAUGGAGGCUGGAGAAUCUAGGACGAUGAAGGCGCGUAGGGAAGCCUACAAAAGCAAAGGUGCUUUGAAGGCGGACGACCUCAGGCGUCGUCGCGAAGAGCAGCAAGUCGAAAUCAGGCGUCAAAAGCGUGAAGAAAACAUCUCCAAGAGGCGAAACUUCCUCCCAUCGACUGGUCCUGAUUCCGAUGACGAGGUUGGCGGUGGAAACUGGGAGGCUCCCCUCGCUGAGGAGAUGAUUUCCGGUGUCUUCUCAGACGAUCCUGAGCGACAGUUGGAUGCCACCACCAAGUUCCGAAAAUUGCUUUCAAAAGAGAAAAACCCUCCGAUCGAGCGUGUUAUCGAGUGUGGUGUCGUGCCACGCUUUGUCGAGUUCCUCAAGCAUGGCCAGCCUAUGCUUCAGUUCGAGGCUGCCUGGGCGCUCACCAACAUCGCCUCUGGCACUGCGGAACACACCCAAGUCGUCAUCAACGCUCAGGCCGUCCCUGAAUUCAUCAAGUUGCUCUCUUCCCCCGUCUUGGAUGUUCGCGAGCAGGCUGUCUGGGCUUUGGGUAACAUCGCGGGUGAUAGCCCUCAAUGCCGCGACUAUGUCCUCCAACAAGGCGCCCUCCGCCCUCUUCUUACUCUUUUGAGUGAAAACCAUAAGAUUAGCAUGCUCCGCAAUGCCACCUGGACACUCAGCAACUUCUGCAGAGGAAAAUCUCCCCAACCUGACUGGGAAUUGAUCUCGCCUGCUCUGACUGUUUUGACAAAAUUGAUCUACUCGCUCGACGAUGAAAUCCUUAUCGACGCUUGCUGGGCUAUUUCUUACCUUUCCGAUGGAUCCAACGACAAGAUUCAGGCUGUGAUCGAGUCGGGUGUGUGCAGGCGCCUCGUGGACCUGUUGAUGCACCCUUCGACUUCCGUCCAAACUCCCGCCCUUCGAUCUGUUGGAAACAUUGUCACCGGUGACGAUCUCCAAACCCAGGUUGUGAUUGCAUCGGGUGCCCUCCCUGCUCUUUUGUCGCUCCUCUCAUCUCCCAAAGAUGGUAUCCGCAAGGAGGCCUGCUGGACCAUUUCCAACAUCACCGCCGGUUCCCCUCCUCAAAUCCAAGCCGUGAUCGACGCCAACAUCAUUCCUCCUCUCAUCAACAUCCUCCAACACGCCGACUUCAAGACCCGCAAGGAGGCCUGCUGGGCGAUUUCGAACGCUACUUCUGGUGGAUUGCAAGAGCCUUCUAUCAUCCGCUAUCUCGUUUCGCAGGGUUGCAUCAAGCCCCUAUGCGACCUCCUCACUAUGAUGGACAACAAGAUCAUCCAGGUCGCUCUUGAUGGAUUGGACAACAUCCUUAGGAUCGGUGAAGCCGAUAAGCUUUCCAACGGUCCUGGUGGUGUGAACCAGUAUGCGUUGUAUGUUGAGGAGGCAGGUGGAAUGGUCACGAUCCACAAUCUCCAGCAACACGACAACUUGGAGAUCUACAAGAAGGCGUUCAACAUCAUGGACAAAUACUUCCCUGAUGAGGAUGAUGUUGACACUAACAUUGCUGCUCCUACUGUUGAUUCUUCUGGUGCCUUUGCCUUCUCGGAUAUGAGCGCUCCUCAGAGUGGAUUCAACUUUGGCAAUCAGUAG